AUGUCAGAAUCCUCUGCUGAUUCCUUCGAUCUCCCGGUAUCUCAGGGCCGGGUGGACAUCGCUGUUCCCAUACGCCGCGGACGUCAACUCGGGAGACACGAUCUGCGGGACCACUUCAGCCCGGAUUCCGACGACGACGGAGAGGACCCUCUGCGCUUGGUUCCUUCUCCUUCUCCUCCUCCUCCUUGGAACCGCAUACCACGUGAUCAGCAGCUGGCUGCUUUCGGUGUUCGACCUGCUGAAAGCGGACAGGCGGAUCAUGCGGCGCGCAGCAGGCGUACGGCGGAUACUGCGCAGGCAGCGGAGGCGGCUGCGGGACCAUCGAGCGUGAACGUCCUCACGCCUCGCCGGAGAGGUGCUAUUACAGCGGCACGGGCGGGAGAUGCGGAAGCGGCAUUGCUGGCAAGACAAAGGGGGAGCGGUGCGAGCGGGCUAGCCGAAUUCUUUAGGCCAGUCACUGCGGAAGCCAUGUACGGAUCGUCCCGCCGAGCGGAGCAUCAACAGCUGGCGGAAGCGCGGCUCGGGCGGCUCUUGGACAAUGCAGCUCCACGACCAGAAGUUCCUUUUGUGUGUGCCGAACGAGCCAAUCGCCGGCGGGUUCGGAUAGCGUCCUCCUCUCCGGACUCGUCGGAAUUCUUCUCAAUUCGGGAUCGGGUCCGUCGUCGACUCACGGGAGACAACGACGACGGCCCUCAGCGGGAGGCACCCGGUCUCCCUGCCCAUCCUCAAGCAGCAGGACCGGGACCGGCAGCGGAGGCAGCGGCUCGGCGGAGGUCUGCCGUGGCGGAUCGGCGCGAGCGGCUGCGAGCCCUGAUAGAAGCACGCGGCGAGCUGGACGGUUCGGACAAUUUGAACCUGGAGCUCCCUGUGCGCCCGAGACCUGUCGGCGCCGGCCUCGGAGAAGCGCGGCGACCAGCCGCAGCCGGCUCAUCAGCCAUUCGUCCGGUCCCAGUACCUCGCAGGCAAGCCGCCGCUGAGCCGUCAGCGGCUCGACCGCAAGUCCGGUUCCAGGAGGAGGCGGUCGUGGAUCUCACGGGGGAUAGCAGUGACGAGGAAGUCGUCUUUGUUGCCGGAAAUGCAGCGGCACCCCGGGCCGCUCCAGCACCACAACGGGGUGGUAAUGCCCACGUAGCACCGCACGCGGCGGCUCGGGAGCGACAGGCGGCGGCGAGAAGGGUAGCAGUACAGCAGGAUCUAGCGGAGCUGGAAGCUGUGCUGGAAAGGCGAAGGGCGCAAGCUCAGCAGCUGCGCGAUCUUGCUCGCGCGGAUAGGGAUCGAUUUGAAGAUCUGCCCGUUGUCCAGGAAGGGGCCGCUCCGCCCGGUCCUAUCCGUCUCGGCGGUGCAGUCUUGCAACAGGGGAAUCGCAGGCUUCAAAUUGUGCCCCAGGCCGAUGAAGCUGCGCGGGGCGGCGAGGCGCUGCAAGCAGAUGCGAGGGCCGCGGGAAGGGCGAAUCGGCGUUGGUUCCUCGACGCCGCACGAGGGGGUCUGGAAGCUCUAUUCGAGCGGGGAGCAGCGGCGGUGGAAGGAGUAGGCGCUGGCGGGCUCUUCUGGGGCGUCCCACCCAACUUUGACGAUCCCCAUGCUCACCGGCACCACGGUGGACCACACCACGCCGGUCAAGCCGGGCCACCCCCUAUCGAUGUCCAAGCCAUCCUCGCGCAAGUCGAGAGCGAGAAACCUGUCUUCCCCUCCCCCUUAUACGGCUUCACCAACAUGUUUGACCUGGAAUCGGCGAAACCUAUCGAGAUUGACGAUAGCGGCGAUAUCGUCAAGAGCAAGAAGAGACCCUUCCUCUCUUGCUUCAUCUGCCACGCGCGGCUCCGGAUGUCGACGACCAACGAGGACGAUCGGAUCUGGUCAUUACGGUGCGGCCACCUCGUCGAUCAGCGGUGUCUCCGCAAAAUCUCCACACCGGUCACGGAGAAGGAGCUCGACUCGGUCCAGCCGCCCAUCAGUGUGCUGCCGGUUCUGGGAGCAGAAAAGAAGGCGGAUAAGCGGAGGAGCAAGGCGAAGUCAAAGAAGGAGCAGCCGAGGGAGUAUACGUGGAAUUGUCCGGCGAAGGGGUGUGGGAAGGAGCACAAGAGCGUCAAGAUGCCGGAGGCGGAGGAGUGGGUGCAGAUGGCAGGGGGUGGGGCGUUCCAGUUGUACACGUAA